UUCUCCAGUAGUUCUCAGAUCACCCACAAAUACAUAUCAUCUCUAAUUUUCUCUCUCAAUAAAAAUGGCGUCAACUCUCUUCUCCAAUCUCAAAUACUCCGACGGCUUAACAAUCGUAGGAAUCUCAAUUUGCACAGCCGUAAUCUGCGAAGCAAUCUCAUGGGUUCUCAUCUACCGCACCACUUCCUACAAUUCCCUCAAAUCCAACAUCGACAAAGCUUCCAAAAAGCUCGAAACCAUGAAAACCCUCGAAUCCAAAAAGCCCAACAAAUCCAAGAAAAUCGACAGAUUCGAAACUUCACUUAAAGAUUCAAGCCGGGAUCUUUCCCUUUUCAAAUUCAAAUCUGGGUUCGUUGUAGCCAUUGUGCUUUUUAUGGUUUUUGCGUUUCUCAACAGUCUCUUCGAGGGUAAAGUUGUUGCGAAAUUGCCGUUUGUGCCCUUCAGAAUUAUUCAGAAGAUGAGUCACAGAGGGUUGUCCGGGAAUGAUAUGACGGAUUGUUCGAUGGCGUUUUUGUACUUGCUUUGUUCGAUGAGUAUUAGGACUAAUCUUCAGAAAUUCUUGGGAUUCUCGCCGCCACGUGGAGCUGCUGGUGCUGGCCUCUUCCCCUUGCCUGAUCCAAAAACCAAUUAAUCGAUGGAUCUUUCUACUUUGGGUACUUUUUAUUUUUUUAGUUCGGAAUUAUAAUUCUUUAGCUAUAAGAUUAGCUGUUGCUAUCCUGAUUGUGUUUUUCAAUUUGAAGUUAUAAUAAGAUACUUAAUUAACUCGAGUUGUAACUGAAUUAUGCGGAAUUUGUAGUUUUUAUGUUUGUGUUUGAUAUGCUUAGAAUGAUUGGCUUCAUCGA